AUGAGUCAUUUAAACGGCAGCUUCUUAAUCUUCGUAGUUUUCACAGCUCUGACGACGGUCACAGGUAUAUUUGUGAACAGUGGUCAUCGAGCAUAUCGUGGUCAAUUCAAGUAUCAAGUGGCUCUGACGAACGCACAGUCGGAGCGCGUAUUGUGCGGCGGAGGCAUUAUCGCUCCAUCGUUCAUCAUCACAGCUGCUCAUUGCGUGUGCGAUAGGAAAAACCGCAUCAGAUCGGGCAAACUGUUUGUCGUAGUCGGAGCGACUGAUUUCGCAGAUCUGCACGAGCAAAGGAUCCAAGUGCAGGUUACGAAGAUUUACUUACCGAAGAAAUACACGAACGUCAACCCUCAUCCGGGUCAAGAAUUCCUACCCAAAGCAGACAUCGCCGUGCUCAAGCUGAAAAAUGCCUUGGACCUAGAACCCAAAAUAUUUCAACUGGCAGAGGCUCUAAGCUUUGGGAGCACGUCGUCGGAUUGGGUGAACGCGAUGGCAACGAUCGCCGGCUACGGCUUGUACGACAUCGACUGGGAAAACAUCAAAGUCGAUGCGGCCAGCAACGAGAUCCUACAGUACGGCUCGACGUCCUACAACUCGUUGCGUUGGAUCAAAACUCGAGUGCUGAGUAACGACAUUUGCAGGGAAAAGUACAAUGUGCCCGUGAAGCCCGAGCAAGUGUGCGCUAUAGCUCUCAGCGAUUUGGAGGACGUCGAUGCUCACUGCACACGAGGCAUAUGUCACGGUGACAGCGGCAGUCCACUGGUCGUUGAAGAGCGCAUCGCUGUUGGCGUUGCCUGUACAGGUUCAAAACUCUACAACAAAAAUAUCAAUUUGGGCGUUUACACGAGAAUCUCGUCCUACGCCGACUUUAUCCGCAAGGCCAUGGACAACGAGAAAUCCGUGGAUAUACGGGAAGCCACUUGGAUGACCGGAAAUAUGUUUCGGGACGAGGGUUUCGAGGAGGCAUAAUUUUCCAGCUGCCGAAUAGAAAAUGCCCUGCCGAGCGAGGCCGUCAACUUUCCAAUGAUAUUUGUAACAACGGAGCGGGGUAAACAACGCGAGUCAUUCUGCGCGGCAUCGGUAUAAAUUAUACAUCGUACUACACGCGUGUACUUAUUGCGAUCAAAUACACGAGAUACGCUGA